GGUAGCCUCCACGCCGAAGAUGAUUGUGAAUAAAAAUUGAAUUAUCUAGUAGUUCUAACGUUACGUCUGUUAUAUAUUCAAAUAUAUCGGUCGAGAUGGAGUAGGAUUAAUUUGUGUUAUGGAUGAACAAUGUAUCUGUUGAUUAUCCAGUCCAGAGACAAGUUUCAGUGACAUCUAUUUUAAUUGAACUAUUGAAACAUAUUGUAUCGACGAAAAUCAUCAUCUGGGUUAUUGGAUUAGGUCUUCGAGACGAUAAAAAUUGUCAAUUUUUUUAGUCAAUUCAAUGUGAGGACCUGUAAAGAGUGAUUAUGGCUCUCAAACACGUUCUAAGUGGUGUGAUAAUAUUGACAUGCCUUUUAUGUUAUUAUAACAGUUGUUAUUGCGGUUUUGUGUUCGACGAUAUUAGUGCAAUUAAAGACAAUAGAGAUCUACGCCCGCAUUCACCCCUAAUUAAUAUAUUCUUCAAUGAUUUUUGGGGAACACCUAUGCAUAAGGAACAAAGCCACAAGUCAUACCGGCCAUUGUGCGUUCUGACAUUCAGGUGGAAUUAUAUGUUGUGGCAGUUGGAGCCUAUGGGUUAUCAUUUGGUGAACAUGCUACUCCACUCCGUUGUCUGCGUCAUGUAUUUCAGGAUGUGCUCUAUGUUCCUUCCUGAACUAUCCAGUUUUGUAGCAGCCAUGUUGUUCUCAGUGCAUCCCAUCCAUACGGAAGCGGUAACAGGAGUAGUUGGAAGAGCAGAAACUUUAUCAUCAGUGUUUUUCUUGGCGGCCUUCUUGUUAUAUAGUAAAGCAUCUAGACGGAAAAAUCAAACAGCCUGGAAAUAUCUCCUCAUAUCCAUGUUUUCCAUGGCCAUCGCGAUGCUAUGCAAAGAACAGGGGAUUACAGUAGCCGGCGUCUGUAUUUCUUACGAAAUUUUCAUUUCUCAAAAGGUGAAACUGCAGCAGAUCAAACACAUCUUAAGAUCAGCACUAUCAUCAAAGUCGUCAUACCAAUUACCGUGGUCGAGUAAUGCAACAAAAAGAAUAGUUGUUCUGGCAGUAUCCACUGUAUGUCUACUACUUUUCCGUUUACAAAUAAUGGGUUCACAAUUGCCUGUCUUCACGAGGUUUGACAAUCCGGCAUCUGUAGCUCCAACUCCUACAAAACAACUAACAUACAACUACCUAUUGAGUGUUAACCUCUGGCUUCUUCUUUUCCCUUGCAAUCUUUGUUGUGACUGGACGAUGGGUACGAUACCUCUGGUGGAAACAUUUUUGGACCUGAGGAAUCUGGCAACUUUAGCUACGUAUGCCUUCUUCGGUUUGAUGGCGUUCGUAGCGUUCACUACUAAUAAUUCAAAGCAGCGUGUGGUUAUCCUAAUGGGCCUUUCAUUAAUGGUAUUCCCAUUCCUGCCAGCCUCUAAUCUCUUCUUCCCCGUGGGAUUCGUGGUAGCUGAAAGGGUCUUAUACAUGCCUUCUAUGGGAUUUUGUUUGCUGGUAGCUUACGGCUGGAGCUCAAUGCACGAAAAGCUGAAUAAGAAAAUCAGCUGGGGACUGAUUUCUCUCCUCAUAAUCGCCCACGCAUCCAAAACGCAUCUGCGGAACUGGGACUGGGAGGAUGAAUACAGCGUUUUCAUGUCGGGAUUACGAGUGAACCAGAGAAACGCCAAGCUGUUCAAUAACGUCGGCCACGCAUUGGAGAGCCAGGGAAAGUACGAGGAGGCUUUGAUAUUCUUUAAGACGGCGGUUACGGUGCAGAAGGACGACGUGGGAGCGCACAUAAACGUCGGCAGAACGUACAAUCAUCUGAAGAUGUUCAAGGAGGCUGAAGAGGCUUAUCUACGCGCCAAAUCCCUACUACCCAAGGCGAAACCCGGGGAAUCUUACCAGGCGCGGAUAGCUCCGAAUCACCUAAACGUUUUCGUCAAUUUGGCCAAUUUGAUAUCGAAGAAUUCGACGCGUCUGGAGGAGGCCGAUAUGCUGUAUCGCCAGGCCAUAAGUAUGCGGGCGGACUAUACGCAGGCUUACAUAAACAGGGGCGACAUCUUAAUCAAGCUGAACAGGACUAAGGAGGCGCAGGAAGUGUACGAAAGGGCUCUGCUUUACGACAGCAGUAAUCCUGAUAUAUAUUACAACCUCGGCGUCGUCUUUCUCGAGCAAGGAAAAGCCUCUCAAGCCUUGGCUUAUUUAGAUAAAGCCCUCGAGUUUGAUCCAGACCACGAACAGGCCCUGAUGAACUCGGCGAUAUUAUUACAAGAGUUUGGCAGACCGGAGUUUCGCAAGAUAGCCCGCGAACGUCUACUGAAACUACUCAACAAAGACCCAACUAGCGAAAGAGUUCAUUUCAAUUUAGGUAUGUUGGCGAUGGAUGAAAAGAACAUUGAGGAAGCGGAGCAUUGGUUCCGCAAAGCCGUACAUCUGAAAGCAGAUUUCAGGAGUGCUUUGUUUAAUUUGGCUUUGUUGCUGGCGGACGAUCAAAGGCCCCUGGAAGCCGCUCCGUUUUUGAAUCAACUCGUCAAAUAUCAUCCGGACCACGUCAAGGGAUUUAUACUGCUGGGCGAUAUUUACAUCAAUAACAUCAAAGAUCUGGACGCAGCCGAGAACUGCUACAGGAGGAUCCUUGAAAUCGAUCCAGAAAAUAUUCAGGGACUCCACAACCUUUGUGUCGUGCACGUGGAGCGUGGUAAACUUCUGGAAGCCCUGGCGUGUCUUCAGAAGGCCCACGAACUGGCCCCUGAGGAAGACUACGUAUUGAGGCACCUUCAAAUCGUACAGAACAAGGUGAUAAAGAUGAAACUCAACCCCAACAAGGUGGUCGAGUCUCAUGAACUCACUAGAGAAGAAAGUAAAGUUGUGUCAAACAAAAUCGUUGAUAGUUCCGAAAAACGAACUCAAACAGUGGUCUCUGGUGAUUCGGAAGAGCAGAGGUAUAGCAGCAGGGUUGUAAAUACCGAACCGCUCUUCGUACAAAAUGUUCAAGAUAUUUCUAGAACUGUCAACAAUAACAUUCCCUUCAAUGAUUUGAUAAGUGAUAAGACAGAGCAAAAUACGAGUAGGUGGCGUGACAGGAAGCUCGCGAGAAAUGAUGAUGACCCUUCUUCUGGUAUGUCUUAGUUGUUUUCUCCUUUUCCUGAUUUUCCACUUUGUCCGAGAGAAUGUUGAAUUUAUAUUUCUAUUCGAAGUACUUUUUAUACGAGCCAUUAGAUGUAGUAUGAAUUCUGUGAUACCCAGAAUAAAAUAUGGUUUUUCCCAUUUUAUUCUUGAGGACUAGGUAGUCUUGUUCCCAAAUAUUCCAAUUAUCUUAUGAGGGGAUAUUUGACAUUCCUCCGUUGACUCAAUCCAGCAUAUUUUUUUGACAAUUUCAGUUCCAUAUGUUGCUGUAUCCAUAAGAAAUAUUCUGAAUAUUCAUCGAAUGCAGACAUUCAAUCUGACUUUGGAGUUAGAUUUUGAGGUCAAUUAGAUUUUUGAUGAGGAAGUUUUUUCACGAGAACUGAUAAUGAAAUGAACUUGUAAUCAAACUCCGAGCUCAGAUUGAAUUUUUGUUUCCGAUGUCUCCCUGAAGACGUAAAAACUUUCAUUUGAACCAUUUUUUGAUCCUGGCUCUUGAGACCAGUACUUUCAAGUCCGACAUUAUUUAUUAUUCUUGACCGAAAUGAUUUAGCUUCCACCCUAAAAAAUUGGUAAUAUAUACCAUUGAGUAUUAAAUAUUCAAUGGAUACUCAAUGAUUAUAGAUACCAUUACACUUGGAAGGAAGCAAUAACCAAGCUAUUCUAACUAUGUACUAAGAUUUCUUCAUCCUAUUUUUAUAAGUAGACUCCGUUCAAUGAAUUCUUAUUCAGUGUUUUUUUUAUUUAUAUUAGUACAGAUUUCAUAUAUUUCGAGAUGUGGAUGCAGCAUCAAAGAUUGAGUCAACGCAUGUUUUUUCUGAAAUUAUUGUGAUGUAGAUUGUGAUUCUAAAAAUGAUAGUUUUACGAUAAGUCGAAUCUUUUUUAUUUUGAUAUUAUUCCUUAUAUUUCAAUUCUACUUUCACAUUCCUCUUUUUGUGAUGUCUUGUCUAUAUUGUAAUUGAUUAGUGAGUACUUAUACUUCAUAUAAUACUAACUGAAUGUAAUUUAUGAAAUAAGUGUUUUAGUGUACGGCUACCCAGCCAAUAGUUUAGUGCAGUCCACGUGGCCAAAUAUUCAAAACAUAUUUAGCAUCUCAUGAAAUUUUCAUUGCCAUUGGUGGAUAAUAGAUCCUGACAGCUGAAAAAGUUUUUUGUGUUUAAUUACGUAAAGGUGCCUUCAAACAUAACUCUAUUGAUAAGGCAGAUAAUUUUGUAAUAUAGGAUAUAAAUAUUUUUCUAUGUUACUAACGUUCGACAAAUUGUAUAAGUCUAUGUUAUAGAAGAAAAAUUAUUCGACUGACUAUUUUUUACACUCAUCGGUCGGGUGAGAUGGCAGAGAAAUGCGUUUAAAUGAUUCAUUAUGAAACUUUGAGAAGAGUGAUAUUGACGAUUGAGGAAAACUUAUAUAAUUGUACUUUUGAAUAUUCAUUCAAUUAUGUGAACCAACUUGAAUGUUAUAUUUGACACCAACAAAAUAACCUAAUAGAAAAAUUAGAUAUGUAUACAAAAAGUCUGACAAUCUGCUCUCAAAUUUUGUUUCCUACCCAAAAAUUGCCACUGUCGUAGAAGAUUAUACUGAUGAAAUAACUACUGAUACUGUAUUCCUAUCGUUGUAAUAAAAUGUGUUUCUCAACC